AUGGGGAUCCCCUCCACCUCCACCACCGAGUCGGCGCUGUCCGGGGGGGGCGGGGAGGGAAGGGGCAGGAAGAGGCACCUGGCCAAGGCUCACCGCGCUGCUGUCCCGUGUCCCGCGCAGCUGGGCCCCGUGAAGAAGGAGCGCUCCUGCCGGCCCUUCAGUCUGUACCAGGCCUCCAGCCCGGCCGGCCCGGAUCGCGGCGGGCACGCCUCUGUGGGCCGCCGCCUGGCCAGCCUGGUCCGGGACCCCCGCCGCGAGACCUACGCCUCCCCCAGCACCCAGACCCGGAGCCUGGAGCCCCCGCCGCCCCCCCCCUCCUCGCCGGCUCCCCCCCUGCCCCCGCGGAUCAGAGCCCCCAACGUGCCCCCGCCUCCUCCGCCCCCGGCCAGCCCCCCCGACGCGCGCUGCGACAGCGUGCCGGGGAGGAGUCCCAGCGCUUUUCGGCUAAGUGUUCCCACCCUGUGGUGA